GAAACCACCACAAAAAUAGUUUCAUGAAAACUCUCUCUCUAUAUGCUUGCUUAUUUACUGGGGUCUAAAAUAUUCCCUACCUACUGUUAUAUAAGAGCCAAUUGUGCCACUAUAUUUUUGCGUGUACCAUUAAAAACUACUAGCCCAAUAGCUAGGAACUAGGAAGCUUCUUCCAUUCACCCCAAAAACACAAUGGAAAACAACAUGAAAAGUGAAUUUGAGGACUUGUUGCCAGUGAUGGCUGACAAGCUUGAUGUUGAGGCCUUUGUGGGUGAGUUAUGUAAGGGGUUCAAGCUUUUGGCAGACCCAGAAAGGGGUUUGAUAACAUCCGAGAGUCUAAGGAAGAACUCAGCUCUCCUUGGCAUGGACGGGAUGAGCAAAGAGGAUGCAGAGGCAAUGGUUAAAGAAGGUGAUCUUGAUGGUGAUGGCGUGCUUAAUGAGAAUGAGUUUUGUAUCCUAAUGGUGAGGCUGAGCCCUGAGAUGAUGGAAGAUGCUGAGGCAUGGCUUGAGAAGGCGCUUGACCCAGAGCUAAAGAAGUCUUCAGCUUGAUCAUCAUGUUAUUACUUUUUCUUUUUCUUUUUUUUUUCUUUUUUUGUAGCAGUCGAAUUUAUAUAGACUGUUCCAUCUGUUUUCUGUAAUUUGGCUAAGGGAGACAAUUAUUUAAAUUAUGAUGAUCAAAUUGUUUA